AUGUCUUCCUGGUUGGGGAGCAUCAGCUCUGGUCUAGGCCAUUCUCUGGGACAAGUGGGGGGCGGUUUGGUGUCCCUCACUGGCCACAUCUCUAAUUUUACAAAGGAUAUGCUCGUGCAAGGAGCAGGGGAAGUAGCAGAAUUACCAACUUCCGGAAGAGGAGAAAUUGAACUCCUUCAUUUGCUCUUAAAAUCAGAAAAUGAAAGGCUCCAAAACCUAUGUAGUGAUCUUGAAGAGAAACAUGAAUCGUUAGAACGUCAAAUGAAACAGCAGUCAACAAGUUACACAGGCCAGCUUCAGCAAAAAGAGAGGGAAAUUUACCACCUUAAAGUCAGACAAGCAGAGCUGCAGAAGGAGCUGGUAAAGCUGAAGGCGUUCCACUCAGCACGUGGCAGCAUUGUCGCCAUCUGCACCUCAUCAUGUGCACUAGGCUACGGGGCCGGUCAGCCCAGGCCAGCAUUUAGUGAUGAGGACAUGAUUAGUAUUGACUUGAAUUCCUCAGAAGAAGAAAUUUAUUGGCUGCCUAGUGAAGGCUCGGGGCUCGAGUCUGAGGUUGGCCACUGGAAAAACAUAGUCGAGGUUUCUAAGGACGAAAGACCACAUCGUUCUGAUCAAAACGAAGUCAGCAAGCUGCAGAAAAUAAUCAAAGAUCUUAAACAAAAUCAAAAACAGGAACUUGAUAACUGCCAACAUGAAAUAGCAGAAUUGCAAGAUGCACAUCAUCUGCAACUGGCUGAGCUGACUUGUCAACACCGAGAGGAAGUGCAUGCUCAUGAGGCACGGGUUGAGGAGCUUCAACAACUAUUGGAGCAAGGUUUUUCAGGAGACUACCACGCUAAAGUCUCCGAGAUGCAAAAGUCCAUCGAAGUAUUGCAAACAGAAAAAACUGAAUCCUCCCAAAAAAUCAACGAACUGGAGGGUAAAAUAAAAGACAUGACUCAAAGAUUAACUUCUGCCGAACAUGACAACGAUAGUUUGCGGAGAGAAUACGAACAGCUGAAUGUGGAAAAGGGACAAAUCUUGCUUGAAUGUGAGACGUUACGAGUGGAAUGUGAGAGGCUGGCAUGUUGUGCUGAGAAGCCCGUGGAGCCUGCGGCGGGCGAAGAAACCAUUGCGGUGGCGGAGGAAGUGCUCAGGCUCCAGCAGGCACUAGCUGACAGUGAAAAUGAAACCAAAACGCUGAAUCAACAUGUAAUUUUAAUGAAAGAUCAGCUAUUAAACCAACGAAACGAAGGCGAUGUUAUCAUCAGUAAACUAAAAGAAGAUCUAGAUCAUGAAAAAAAGCGAGUUCAUCAGCUUGAGAGGGACAAAGCAAACAUUUCUGAAGAAUUGGAGGAGGAGAGAAAAAAUUUAAAUCAGAAUGAAUUUGAGCUGUGUGCUUUGCAUUCAACCAAGCAGGAGCUUGAAGAUAAAGUACAAGAUUUAGUUGAUCAGCUAAAUAAGGCACAGAAAAACAAUGAAGGCAUCCAGAAAGAGAAUCUGCACCUUAAAAUGAACCUUCAGCAAAAUGAGGAGGAGCAUAGUAGAAUUAGAAAAGAAUUAAUUAUUAGUCAAGACCUUAGUAAUAAUUGUAACAAUUUACUUAAAGAAAAGGAAAUUGAAGUAAGAAACUUAAAGCAGCAGCUUUCAGAAGUCGAAAAGCGUGAUGAAAAUUUACAGAAAAUUGCCUUUGAGCUCAGAAUAGAAAAUGAGAAGUUGAUUUUGGCAUGUGAACAGGUGAAACAUAACUUAGAAGAGUCUGUUACUGUAAACAAUCGGGUUUCUUUAGAAAAAGACAUGAUUGUGGAGACCCUGACAAGGGAAAAGGAGCAGCUAGAAGCUCAGUUACAUGGCGCUGAGCAGAGGCUGUCGGAGGAGGCCGGCAGGCACAGGCAGAGCCUCGAGGAGCUGUCCAGCGCACACGCGUUGGAUUCCUCUGCCCUUAAGCUGGAACAGGAACGUUUACUGAAACUCAAUCAGGAGAAGGACUUGGAAAUAGCGGCUCUGCAAAAGAGCAUUGAGAAACUAGACACCCGUCACAAACAUACCGAGGAGCUUUUGUCGUCUAGUUUAGAAAGGCAGGAGCAGCUGACACAAGUUAUAAAUGAGAAGGAAAACUGCAUUGAAAAUCUUCAUGAAAAAAGUUCAGAGCUGCAGGCAGAAUUGGACAGAUGUAUUGAGACUUCUAAAAAGAAUGAAAUUUUACAACAGACGGUAGAGGAAAAGGAUAGAAGCCUGGGCUGCAUUAAAGAAGAAAUUAAUCAUCUCCAGGAGGAGCUCGAGUGGCUCAGGGAGCAGCAGAGUCGGGCUGCGCAGGGCGCCGAGCCCGGAUCCCCUGACAGCGUGGCCAAACUAGAGUCAGAGGUGACCCAUCUGACCAUUGUCAAGGAACAUCUGGAAGAAGAGAUUAAGGAACAUCUAAAGAUCAUUGAAGAUCAAAGACAGGGUAAGAGGCAGCUGCUUCAGUCUCUGCAGGUGCUGAAGAAGGCGAUGGAGGAGUAUAAGCACCAGUAUGAGCAAAUGAAUGCCAGCCAUGCGCUGCUGUUGUCAGAGAAAGAUGAGGAAAUUCAGAACCUGCAGAAAACAAUUGAACAGAUCAAAACCCAGCUGCCCGAGGAAGGACAGCAUAUCCCCACCAAAAACUGUAAUAUCUGUCCUGAAGCGAAAGUUCAAAAUGUUAGCCUUGAAAACAAAAGUGAAAAACAUGAACUAUCUAAAGCAGAAACAGAAGAGUUAGUAAAAGGAAUACAAGAGCGAGAUUUGGAGAUUAAGCUUCUACAUGAAAAGAAUAUAUCUUUAACUAAACGGAUUGACCAACUAUCAAAGGAUGACGUAGGAAAGCUAACUCAACUUCUUCAGCAGAAGGAUUUGGAAAUCCAAGCUCUUCAUGUUCAAAUGUCUUCGCCGUCCUACUCCCAGGACAUCCUUGCCCUUCAGCAGCAGCUGCAAGCCUAUGCUACGGAGAGAGAGCAGGUAUUAGCUGUUCUCAGUGCCCAAACGAGGGAAAACAGCCAUCUCAAAACGGAAUAUCACAAAAUGAUGGACAUAGUGUUUGCCAAAGAGUCAGCACUCGUUAAACUCCAACAAGAAAAUAAACAAAUGUCCUCCAAGCUGGAGAACACCAGCCAAGAAAUGUUUAGAGAAACACUUCAGAAUCUAUCACGGAUCAUAAGAGAAAAGGACUUUGAGGUAGACGCAUUACGGCAAAAAUGCGAGACCUUAUUGACGGUCCUGCAAACCUCUGGCACCGGUAAUGAGGCCGGGGGUGUUAACAGUGAUCAGUUUGAAAAGCUGUUACAGGAACGUGACCAGUUAAGACAAAAGGUAAGCAAAAUGUUAGAGUGGAAAGAGCAAGUCACAACUGUGGUCCGGAAUAUGCACCAUGAGUCAGCCCAUCUCCACCAAGAGCUGCUUCAGCUCCAAGAGCAAAUGUUGGAAAGCAGCAAGAGUAGCGUGAAAUUGCAAGGCAACUACGAUGACCUGAUACAGAAUUAUGAACAAAAUGAAAACAAACUGAAAAAUUUGAGGCGCGAGUUGACACAAAUGCAGCGCUAUUUGGGGCAGCAAGGCAAUGCCAAAGACCUCUCUAUAGGAAAACUUGAUAGCAUUUCACCCCCACCGCUCACUGGGUCAUUGUCUCCUUGUGAGGCAGCAGGGCCUCUUGGAGCCUGUGAGUCUGAUAGAACCAGGGAGACUUCCCCAUCGCUUCAGCAAGAGGUAGAAGAGCUAAGGAGAUCCCUGAAAGAAAGAGAAAAUACCAUCAGAAGACUGCAGGAGAAUAACCAACACCUGUUUGACUCCAUUGCUGCUGCCGCAGAGCUGGGAAGGAAACAGCACGAGCAGCACGAUUCGGAGCUCAGGCAGCUGAAGCAAACGUAUGAUGUCCUGCAAAACCUCCUCAAGGAGAAAGACCUCCUCCUCGAGGACCGAAGUCAUCGGCUGCUUUCCUCAAAUGAGAAUUUGGCCAACACAGUGAGUGAAAAUGAAAUUUUAAGACAGGCAGUAACAAACCUAAAGGAGAGAAUACUAAUUUUAGAAAUGGACAUUUCAAAACUAAAGGAUGAAAAUGACAAAAUAGUGGAAGAGACUAGGGAGAAGGAGCAUGCACAUCAAGCAUUACAAGAGACGAACAUGAAGAUCUCCAUGAUGUUGCAAGAAAAAGAGGCCGAGUGUCAUUCACUGAAGGACAAAGCUGUUGCUUUUGAGCAACUGUUGAAGGAAAAAGCACAGGGCAAGGCCGAGGAGUUAAAUGAACUUUUAAAAACAGUUAAGUCAAUGCAGAAGAAAGAUCAGUUUUUGAAACAGCAAGGCUGUGUUGCUCAAUGGGUGAGUGGGUGGCUUGGAGGGGGAGCCCAAACUGACCCCAACACACCUCCAAGACCAAAGCAGCAGGCCAGGCUCAACAGGUCAUUUGUGGAACUUUUUGUCAGUUACUUGCAAACGGAAUCACUCCCAUCAUCCAUUCCACCGUCCAAACUUCCGGCCAGUGAGACGAAACCUCUGGAUUCUGGACUUGACCUGGGCAGACCCGGAAGCCUUCUGCUGGAGCCCCACACGGACUUACUGCCACCAGUGGUUACAUUGGCACCACCGUCAGUGCCAGCGCACAACAGCACUGGAGUUGUGACACAAGAUCUUUUAAAGAAGUAG